AUGCGGGCCCUGUCUCGUAUUCUCAUUGGCGGACUGAUAUUGGUGACGCUGGUAUGGCUCAAAGGCCAAUUCGUUAAGCUCCAUCAGUCCAUUCUUGAGCUCGACAGGCUGUCGCAGGACGGUGGACUUCUAAGCCAUACAAAUACAACAGACGGCACACAUGGAUCGAACUCGACAGCAGAGGAUCCGCUGAGGGCGGUCAUGAACGCCAUCUCCAAUUCGUUCCUCAACGGCACCAUCGAGAAACUUGCGACGCCCAAGUCUGGUCUCCGAGACACGAGAAGCAAGGUUGUAGUCGUUGCCAAAACUGCAAAGGAGAAGACGCAAUGGAUCUCAAGCAUGCUANNCCCAACGAAGAACAAAGGACGAGAGGCAAACGCCUAUCUCACGUACAUAAUCGAGAACUACGAUGAGCUGCCCGAAACUAUUGCAUUCAUACACAGCCACCUCAGUUCUUGGCACAACGACCAAAAUGCUGCGAAAGCGCUGCAGUUGCUCAACAUCGAUUUCGUGCAGAAGAACGGAUACGCCAACUUGAGAUGUCAUACCACGCCAGGCUGCUAUCCUGCAGAGAUACAGCCAUUUCGCAACAAGAAAGAGCAAGCUGGUAUAGACAAACACGAAGCAGCGACCGAGAGGGCCUUUGCCAAGGCAUGGACUGAGAUUUUCAACUCGACUGCCGUCCCAGAACAGAUUGGAGUGGCAUGCUGUGCACAGUUCGCCGUGUCUCGGGACCAGGUCCUGCAAAGACCGCUUGCGCACUAUGUCUGGUUCUACGGCUGGCUGAUGGAGACGUCUCUGAGCGACGCGACUGCGGGAAGAGUGAUGGAGUAUCUGUGGCACAUCAUCUUCGGCAUGGAGCCAGUUUACUGCCCCAAAGUCUAUCAGUGCUUCAGAAAUGUUUAUGAUAUCUGGGACAUCCUCUCGUAG